CCUCAGCUGCAUGGUGGAUCUGUCCCGCUGAAGAUGGAUCUCUUCCGGGGCAAGACGCUGCUCAAGAAAGACGGCACGACCAUCUCGGCGGAUGCCUCGCUGCGAAACAAGAAGCUCAUCUGCAUCUACUUCGCGGCCCUGUGGUGUCCGCCUUGCCGCACCUUCACGCCGCUCCUGGCCCAGGCCUACCGGAUGGCUAAGGACGAAGGACUUCCCAUUGAGAUAGUGUUCGUGUCGUCGGACCGAAGCCUUAACGACAUGACCGUCUACGUGAAGGACCACGAGAACUGGCCAUCGCUUCCUUACGGUGACGCGCUGCAGCCCGCUCUCAGGGCCCGGUACAAGGUCGCCGGCAUACCUACGCUGGUAGUGGUCAAGGCGGACGGAGCGCUGGUGUGCGCCAAUGGCAGGCCCGACAUCCAGACCAAGAGCUUGCAAGCGUUCAAGGACUGGCUGACUUGCAUAUGAACCUGGGAAGGACGCGAACAAAAGCUUCGCGUCAAAUAAGUCCUGUGCCUGCUGUUUUGAUAGAAACGACUAUUUUGCCCAAGAAAACGAACGUUGUACUGUUACCGUGCUCAUCAACG